GAACAAUUUAUUUCUCAUAUCUCCUAAGAAAUACUAAAAAAUAAUGGUUGGUUUGUUUGUUUGUUUGUUUUAAUUGGUGAGAGAGUGCUGUAGCACAGCUAUAUGCUGCUUUGAGAUAAAGUAGAUAAAUUGUUUUAAAAUUGUUUGUAAAUAGUGAAGUACCAAGUACAGGUUUAGACUUUUUGCCAGCUGUGUUGAUAGAGGAGGCAACAUCUGCACACAGAAUGUUAGUUGUACUGUCUGAAUGGGUUGUAAUGUAAGGGUGAUGUCUGUUGUGCUGGGAACAGUCUCAGGCUUCAGUCCCAUUACAAAGGUUUGGUCAUGUUUAUUGGCAGGCAAGCCCUAACAUGCCUUUCCUGACAAAGUGGUAACUUACGUACACAAAAUACUUCGGUAUGUGCAAUACUUUCACAAAACUACAUCCCCUAGGCUAUUACAAAGUCACCUACAUUUGUAUCUAUCUAUAUUUUUAUCUUAAUAUUAUGAAGUGAUCAACAUACUUUGGUGUAAGCUUUCUCCAGCGGCAUUUUGUACCCUAUGUCCUCAUCUGUGUAUUUGUGCUCCAUUCUUAAUACACAAUCCCUUACACUCCUUUGUUUAAUAGGUUCUCCUCUGUUAGUCACUUAGAAUUAAUUGCACAUCUUAUACCAUUCUCAACUUAAUUAGCACAUUUAAACUUCUGUAACCAUUUUAUCUGUCAGUCACGACAUCUAUGACUAUUUUGUCUGUUGGUUUAGUGAAAUCUUUUCAGCAAGUGUGUUUAUGAAUAUAUAUGCACUUUAUAGGAGUAUGUUUUGAUGGAUGCUUUGGUGAGAACUACAGUAGACCCUGCGCAAACAAAAGUUCAUCUCUGCUCAAAGCUCACUCAGCAGUUCUGUUUGCUCUGCUGUUUCAAAUCUGGCGGAAUGGAUAGGAACACCUUUUCUAGGAGGCAUAUUGCAGUAAUUAUGAUUUUAGUGUAUGCCUGUUGAGAUAUUCUGAAAAUGGUUGUCCUGGAUGGUUUUGGACUCCUAUAUAAGUUUAACAGUAUGCUGCAUUUACGGUCUUAUAGUGUAGUAUCUAGGAUUCAACAAAUAUCCAGGUUAUGAAAUUUAUACUGAAAGGGGGAGUUGGGCUUUCUGAAGGAUAAGGGUAAGUAUAAACAAAUAAAUUACACAUUUCAGCUUCUUCCACAUACAGAAUAAUUAUGUCUAAGCAGGACUAAGAAAAUCUUUAUAAAUAUGUUAAGCCUUAAAACUAUCUUUGUAAAGGGAAAAUUAGCAUUGGUGAAGUAAAAGAAUUCCUCUAGAAAUUCAGUGAGCGUUUUUGGCAGCUGUUUGCCUGGUAUACAAGUAUUAAGGUCAGUUAAACAUUUUCUUGCAGCUUUUUACCAGUAGAUUACAAACUACUAAUAGGAAUGUGCGUCUAUCCCAUAUUUUGACUAUGGGUUUAUCAGCCUUCUCAGUGUGGUUACCUGGCAUCUGGAUCAACAAGCUCAUUAUGUUCCGGGCUGCUCUACCACUUAGCGUCUUGGGGAAAAGCCAGUGUUAAAGUAGAGGGGUCUUGUGAACAGCAGAACUAAUGACGUCUGGGUCCUUAUUAGUGGGCUUUGUGACAGACCGUAAGAAUGCUUUUACCCUCAGAGCUCCCAGGUGGUCCCUUAGUUCAUACACUGUAAUCACCCAAAUUAGCUUAUCAUCCCCAUCCUCCUCCUGUUCAACUGCUAGCUGCUUUGCGGCUGUCCGUAGGCUGACCAUUUCUUGGCACUUAACUAUCAGAUGUGCAGAAUGCCUUGCCCCUCAACUGGAGAUCUGUACAGAUAGGUUUUAGAGGUACGUGUAUCUCCCCAGACAUGUAUUAUGUCGGGUUGACCUUAAUAACUUUGAAGUGUGUAUCCAAUUUCACUGUAAUGGCCAACCGGGCACUUGUUUGGUGUGACUUUCAAGCAGAAAAACAGGGCAAAUGUAUUAACUUUAAGGGGGUUUGGUUUUAGAGGUUUGCGGGGUUUUUGUGUAAGAUGUGUAAACGUUCAGUACGCAAGCAGUGAAGUUGAGUCAAAUGGUAGGGUAGCUUGAAUUCGGUCACACCAGAGAACACACUUGAUGUCGCUGCAGGCAAUAACCAGUAACGGUACAGCAGUACUCGGGGUCUGAUCCAUGAUGUUACAGGAGACACUGGAAAGCUAAUUGUGUGACAAGUGCCCAGUGGGUCAGAUGAUGGAAAAGGGCUUGAGUAUAUAGCCUUUGCCUGCCAUGAGGUGCUGUAUGGCACAUAGCUGUAUGUUAAGAGACAGAAGUAGGAGAUCCCAACUCUAAUGAACCAUCUACUAGAGUUUGGUUCUUGGUAAUCCACAUGAAGACAGACUUUGUAACUGGAAUCCUAUGGAAGUAAGUGGAACAAAUAUAAGGAGGCUUGUGGCCCAGCUUUCCUGAAGUCCAGACCUACACAACAUAUGUCUGCAUCCUCCAUUUUUUACCCUUUUGUCAGUAACUUGAUCAAAUAUUUAUAACUAUUGAUUAAUUCAUAUGGCUUUGUAGACGAAUGCAUGAAAUAAUUAUAAUUGCUUGUUGGCCUUGUUUAACAUACCAAGUUUUAGCUGAUGGUUAAGAUAUUUUUGAGGGCUAAAAUUAUUAACAGAUCCAGUAAACUGGUAAAUAAGUACCAAAAUUAUCAAAUAAACCAGGAAUUGGCUACAAGGGAGAUGAGAAUUGAAUUUUUUUUAACAUUUGUUUUUUUAAUGGAGGGGAGGGUGAAUUAGGCUGAGCUAUAGCACAGUAUUCAUUAGUAUUGUCCUUAAUGAGGGACAAAAACAUUAGAGGUACGCUGCUGAAAUUUGCUUUUAAUAAAAAAUGAGACACUGCUGUUACAGAUUAAGAUUAGGAUGCACUGGGUGACCUACAAAUUGGACUAGUGAGACACUGAUGAGAUCUUAAUUGUAAUGCUGUACAACAAAUCUGAUAUCAGUGAAAGAAAUACGAGAUCAGACUGGAGUGGAUGAAGAGAAAACUGCAAGAAAUAAUAAGGAAAACAAAAAUUCGGUAUUCUAAAUGGACCUUCAAAAGUUUGACAGUUCAUUCUAACAAAAGUUGAGAGGAUAUCAACAUUCUUUAGAAUUACAAGAAUAAAUAUACAAAGGAAAAUUAAACGACAGUUUUGACAAAAGAACGAAUAUAUGUAAGCAUUAGUAAAUUGACUGUGUAUUUAAAACAAGGUUUGCAGUCUUGGCACCAGUGUACUUGGGUAGUCUUUCUGUGGAAAUAGUGAUGUAAAAGAAAACUUUUUGAAACAUGGAUUGCUUUUAUGAAAGUGAUUAUAUGAUGUCUUUGCCUAAAAUAGUAAAGGUGGACUUGAUGACAUUAGAUAUUUCUGUGUUCAUUAUACAAAGAUGAAUAUUCUUGAAAUGGGUAAUUUUACCUACAGAAAGCAAGUUGUAGGUUGGAGCUUGCUAUAGAAGUGACAUCUAAAAGUGGAAAGACAUCUACUAUCUAUUAUCAAUUCCAGAAUUUUGUGAAAAGGUUUACAUUUCCUUUAGAAGUAGUGUUACUUUACAUGAUGCCAAAUAAACCUUGAAAUUCGUGAAAAGCCUACUUUUUUUAAAGUUUCAUUCAAAUGUGGGAAACCAGUUUUAUUGAAAUAACUGCUUUAGAAGAUUCAGUCUUGAGGAACAGGCUCUUAAGUUCCCAAGAAAAAGGUAUUCUAGAGAAUUUUGACAUACAAAAAAGCUUUAUAAUUUUUGGAAGUUGGGGUUUAUGAGGCCAUACUUUUAUCAGAAUAAAUGGUGGUCUUGUUCUUCUGUAUUUUCCUAGUUCCUCAGGCUUAGAAUGGAAAGAGUGAAUACGUGAGAUUGUCUGGCCAUGGGAAGGAGAAGAUGCCUGCUCCAAGGGUGCCAGUGCUGGCAGCAAGAUCAAUGGAUCUCUUCUAUUCCAGGAGACAUGGAGGUCUAUUUGUGGUUGGAGCUACCUGACUAGAUAAAGUAUAGAUCAGUCUGCUAUGAAAGUAACUCCUAUGAAGAAGACUGCCUGAUGGCUUAGUUUGCUCUGAAUGUAUCACGUUAUCAGAUAAGCCUUUUCAUGAAAGUAAAACCCGAAAGCAAUAUUCUUCCGGUUUCCGGGUUUGGCUUGGAAUUUUUUAUCCCCUUCUUUGUCAAUUCAGUUUCAGGAAUAGAUUGAAGAAACCAUGGCCAAUCAACGGGAUUACAUUAGCAGACCUAUUUGCAAUGGAAUUUCUGUUCCUGAAAAUAAAAUCAAUUCCUUAGUGGCUGAAGGUCAUGGACAACAAAUUCUAAAAGUACUACAAAAGUUCAGAGAACAAAAUAUAUUUUUUGACUUUAAAAUUCUUGUGAAAGAUGAAAUAAUUCCUUGUCAUCGUUGUGUACUGGCAGCGUGCAGUGAUUUUUUCAGAGCCAUGUUUGAAGUUAAUAUGAAAGAACGAGAUGAUGGCAAUGUUACUAUUAGUAAUCUAUCACCCAAGGCAGUGAAAGCUUUUCUUGAUUACGCUUACACAGGAAAAACAGAGAUAACAAAUGAAAAUGUGGAAAUGCUUUUCCAACUGUCGUCAUUUCUUCAAGUUUCACUCCUUUCCAAAGCUUGCAGUGACUUUCUAGUAAAAAGUAUUGAUCUUGUGAAUUGCUUACAGUUGCUUUCUUUAUCAGAAAGUUACGGUUCCGUCCGCUUAUUUGAUCACGCACUAGAUUUUGUACAGCACCACUUCUCCUUGCUGCUCAGAUCAAGUGAUUUUUUGGAAAUGAAUUUUGAGAUACUACAAAAAUGUCUUGAGGCUGAUGAACUAAAUGUCCCUGAGGAAGAAUCAGUGUUGAAAGCUGUCCUUCAAUGGACCAAACACAACUUAGAAACACGACAGAAAUAUCUGCCUAAUUUGAUUAAAAAAGUGAGACUACACCAGUUACCUGAAAAGACUUUGCAGGACUUUUUACAUUCUGAAGAACACUUACUUAAGAGUGCCGAUUGCUCGGUAAUAAUCAAUGAUGCAGUCAAAAGCGUGCAAGACUUUAGUGGACUAUUUCCAGACGCACGUCCUUCAACAACAGAAAAAUAUAUAUUUGUUCAUAAAACUGAUGAAGAUGGAGAAAACAGGCAUACAUUCUGCUACAACAUCAAAACAGAUAAAUGGAAAGAACUACCACAUACACACAUGAUUGAUCUUCCAGGGUCAAGUUUAUCUAGCUAUGGAGAAAAAAUAUUCAUAACUGGAGGAUGCAAAGGGAAUUGUUAUAGGACUGUCAGGCUUCAUAUUGCUGAACCAUUUCAUGAUGCCACUGACCAAACCUGGUGCUACUGUCCAGUCAGUAAUGAAUUCUCCAUAGUGUCAGCUAUGAAAAAACCAAGGACCAUGCACACAUCUGUUGUAACCUUAAAUCAGCUGUUUGUAAUAGGUGGGAAGACCAGAGGAGCUCAAGAAACCCGAAGUCUUUUGGAUGUAGAAUCCUAUAAUCCUCUUUCCAAAGACUGGAAGUCUGUAAGCCAAUUACCAAGAGGUAUCUACUAUCCAGAAGCAAGUGCUUGUCAGAGUAUAAUUUAUGUUCUUGGCUCAGAAGUAGAGAUUACUGAUGCCUUUAAUCCAUCUCUUGACUGUUUCUUCAAGUAUAAUGCUAUGACUGAUCAGUGGUCUGAGCUUGUAGCAGAGUUUGGGCAGUUUUUCCAUGCAACUCUAAUCAAAGCCGUUCCAGUGAACUGUACAUUGUACAUUUGUGACCUCUCCACCUACAAGGUCUACAGUUUUUGCCCAGAAACCUGUGUUUGGAAAGGGGAAGGAUCUUUUGAAUGUGCUGGCUUUAAUGCAGGGGCAGUUGGGACAGAAGACAAAAUUUAUAUAUUAGGUGGUGAUUAUGCUCCAGAAGAAAUCACAGAUGAAGUUCAAGUCUACCAUAGUAGCAGGUCCGAGUGGGAAGAAGUUUCACCAAUGCCAAGAGCCUUAACUGAGUUUUACUGUCAGGUCAUUCAGUUUAAUAAAUAUAGGGACCCCUGGUCACCUGUACUGACAAUUUGCUCUGGAGAAUUUUGAAACUCCUGAGUCAAAAGAAUCUAUUUAAAUGCACAAGUUUUAGAACAGAUUUUUAAGUAUUAAUUUAGAGAUGGAAGAAUAUGUACUGUUUUGUUUAAAUCUUCAGUUUAAAUUGUAUGCUAUAGAACUGCUUUUGGAAGAGUCCAUUAAAUUGUCAUUCAUGCUAGUCAUUAUAUAGAAAGUAUUACUUAAUUUUAUAUGCAAGUCUUCUCUGUAAUUAUCUGAAUAAUUUACAAAAUGAUAGUACUUUUCAAAACAGCGUAGUCAUGAGGAAUUCAUUGUGUAAUAUGUGCCAUUAUUUCUGUAAUAUUCACAGUUGUCCCGAUAGACAAACCGCUGAGUGAGAAAACUGACUGUGAUACUGUUUUCCCUAUGUAACUGAAGUUUAAAAGGAAUCUACAUUAGUGUUGUUUUAUUUAGGGGGUUUAUAUUCAUAAACCUGUAAUAGGAAUUCAUUGUCAGCUUUACCUUAUUAGAAUGACCUUAGCAAGGCAAAAGCCAAAGUGACCUUCACAGCAUUAAAACCAGGUACCUAACUUGAAGAGUCUGAUAAUUCCUAUCAUCUAUCUUCAGCUCUUCAGUUUUACCAGUUUUUCUCCAUCCUUGUGCCUUAGUAGUAGCUGUACUUUCUGUUUUCAUCCCAUUGACUGUGGCAAGAUAAACAUUGAUAACAUAUUGCAGGCUGGGCAAGAUUUCUACAAGAUGGAUGAUUCAUGUGGUAUCUUUGCUUCAGUCAUGCUGUUAACUCAUGAAAAAACACUUCAGGAUGUUUUUUUAACAGAAGUCUUCCAUCUCUGAAGUUUCCAGUGCUACCUACAGCAAGCUGUAAAAUAAAUUUUAGUUGUUGCUUUGGUUAACUAUGGGAAAAGGUCGUAUCUUGUCAUACAUCAAAUACAAAGUUACAAAAAUAAAUUCCCAUAUUUAAAACCAAAGUAAAUAGUAUUUCUGAGGUGAAAGAAUUCCUUUAGCUUCUAUAGUCGUUUAAAUGAAUUAAAACACUUGUACUUAGUGGCAAUUCUAAGUGUUAAAAUAUUACAUGGUAAAUGCUACACAAUAUAUUGCUUGAUAAAGUUUCAGUAGUCAGCUAUUAUAACGCUAAAAUUGUUACGGACUUUUAGUAUUAAUAUUAGUCUAGCCAUACAUUGUGAGGUAAAUUUGAUCUCAUGCAUACCAAGUGGGACCUGUGUCUGACAGAAGGACACUGAAAUUAGCUAGGUUUCAUAAAUUCAUUUGUAAUCUUCCACAGCCUGAGAAUUUUCUCUAUUUGAGUAAGAUAUUGGAAGCCUUUAUGUUGCAUAUAAGUAUCAUUAAGUAGUAAGGUUGUCUUAUGCCAGACAGAAUGGUUCUAAACAUCUAAGCACAUCUUUUCCAAGGUUUAAAUGUGAACAAAAUUCAGCAAGGUGUCUAAAACAUUUUUAUUAUGGCUUGAGAUGACUGUGGUAAGUUCAUUAUCACAUGACUACUGCAUGUACUUUUUGCAAAACUCAAGCUCAGUAUUAACACUUCAAGGUUAAUAUUGCCUAGCAACAUACUUCUGUUUUAAACAAUACACAAUGCAAAGUUCCAAGUCUGUGAUUGACUCUCUAAUUUGUUAUCAGAUACCUUUACAAAUUCAGAUAACAUUUAUCAUAAAUAUUUUCAUAAGGGUGAAAAUGAAAAUUAUGCACAAGUGGAGAACAAUAGAGUGGAACCCUCCCACUCAAUAGUUUAUUUGUAUUAAGAUGCAUGUCAGUUCUGUAGAGGUAAACAGCUUGUUGUUACAGUAUUUCAGGCAACUUCCACAUUUAUGUUGUUCUUUUCAUAGUGAGUCUCCAAAUCAUGACUGCACGUAGCUAGGUAACCUUUACAAUCACCAUGCUGAAAUGCAAGCAUAUUUAUAUUGGAACACAACUACUUUUUCUUAGUGCAAAGCAAAUGUAUUGAACAGUUUAGGAGAGAUGGAGAAUACUAUUCCUGCUCACUGAAACAGCAGGAGAAAAAUAGACAUAUAGGAGAACAGUAGUUUUAGCAUUAAUAAAGCUACUCAAGGGAGCAUAGAGACUUCAUUAAUAAUUAAUUAUUGCAACUUGUCACUUCAUCAGAAUAGAAAGCCCAAUUCUCCUUUGCUUGUGUUUUUGUGUCGUUCUUGUACCUGAGUAAUAUGAGUAUGCAAUUUAUGCAAUGAGAAAAGUAACAUAUUAAUGCCCAUAGUACCUGGGUAUAAAUAGCUAUGCAAAUUGGAAGAGACUAGAAAAUUGCGAGGUUUUUUUAACUGCCACUCUCAUGACCAGAUUGCUGGGUCACAUAAACAGCAAGUCAGUCAGUAAUUCAGGUGAUGCACUUCCCUUACAGCAUACUUUUUUGGGCAGUCUUCCAUCCAGCUACUUGCUAUAUGUAUAAGCCUCUGGCAUAUGACAUCAGAUAGAGCAAUGGUGUAUGUGGUAAAUUACUCAGUAUAUAUAGCGAAAACUGAAUGAAGCUUAAUUUGGAAAACAGACACUGCUUUAAUAUUCUAUGCUACAUUUGCACAGGAAUGAACAUCAGUUCCCACUUUUGACAAAUCAUUCAAGGAUUUCAGAGGGAGUUGAACUCUCUCGGUGAUCAGGAAAUAAUGUAGUAGUGUCAGUUACUUUAUACCAUUCUUACAGAAAAGUUACUGUGAAAUAGUACUAAUUUGCUUCAGUUAUGUAGGUAAGCCUGUAUUACAACUCUCAUGUAGGAAAAAAGGUCAUUUGCCACAAUGCCACAUACAGAGUUAAAUAGCAGAAUUGAGUGCAGAAGCUGUGUUAGAAAGCCAUGCUUAAAACAAGGCUUUAUGAUAGAAUUAAGGGCCUGUUACAAAUCCUGUGAUUAAUUGCUAAUGAUGUAAGAAAUCUCAGUGAAGUCAACUACACUGCUCAGAAGAAUAUGGAUUACUUGCAUGAGUAACUGCUGUAGGUCUGGAUCAAAUAGAUUUCUCAGCCUACUUUACGCAGCUGUUAUGCAAUUUAAAAAAAGUCACAGAACUAGCGCAAAGCGAGUUUUUCUACAUCUUUUUGAAUUUUUCAAAUUUCACAGUACUUUAUGAAAAAGUACCUUCCUCUAAAAAUAGUCGGUGGCUAGAGUAAUGAUUACCUGUGUUCUGACUGAAAUAUAGUAAGAAGUUUAAAACAUACAAAUUGCAUGUAAAGUUAUAAUCUACUAUUUGCACUUAAAUGAUGUAACCAAAAUAUUUCUCAUAGUAUCUAUUCUAUGUCACAGGACACAUUAUAAGCAUGACCAGUAUAAUAUACAUGAAGAUAAAAUAUAUUGUAUGUGGGAUUUUAAUAUCCAGUAAUGUUUAUAUUGGAUAAUCUUAAUUUUUAAAGAAUGCUAUCAAAACAUUAUGGAACUUUGGUAAUGUUAUCAUACUGGUUUAGUUGCUAUAAUAAAUAUCAAUUAUUCAGGUGUUUAUAUUGAUUAUGUUUGCACAGACCUGAUGAUUAUUAUUUAUGUACUAAUGAAUUUAUUUUCUAUAUUCUAAAUACAUUUGUAGUAAGUCAGUUUACUGCUGUUAAAAAUUCAUUAUAUUCAUAAAAUGGAGUAGAUUUACUGAUUCAGAUUUAUCUGGUAUUACUCCACGAGGAAAGCUGUAUACCUCCUCUGAUUAGUAGUAGGUAGUAGGUAAGGUACAGGCUGUAGAAUGUCUUGUCUGCGGUUUGUAAUGCGAGUCUAAUUUUGGAUGUUUCUGUAGUGACCAACAGGAGGCAGCAUAAGAUCUAUUUUAAUUAAAACAGACUGAAACCAGGGAUAUAUUUGUCAAUAUCUAUAGCUGAACAUUAUGGUCAAUUUACCUUUUUUCCCUUCUAACAUCCAGUAAAGCAUAGAGAUCAGUAAAAUUUUGCUGCUGCCUGGGCUCUGCUGAUAUUACAUGUUUGCCAGGAUGUUCAUUCUUUUGUGAAAUAAAAGCACUGAGCAACUGAA